UCUGCCGGUCCGGCCACGCGUGCCUGAGCUGGUGCAAUGGCGUGGCGAGGGCUUGCUGCAGAGUUUCUGCAGGUGCCGGCGGUGACGCGCACCUACACCGCUGCCUGUGUCCUCACUACCGCCGCCGUGCAGCUGGAGCUCCUCAGCCCCUUCCAGCUCUACUUCAACCCGCACCUCGUGUUCCGGAAGUUCCAGGUCUGGAGGCUCGUCACCAACUUCCUCUUCUUCGGGCCCCUGGGAUUCAGCUUCUUCUUCAACAUGCUCUUCGUGUUCCACUACUGUCGUAUGCUGGAGGAGGGCUCCUUCCGCGGCCGCACAGCAGACUUCGUCUUCAUGUUUCUCUUCGGAGGCGUCCUUAUGACCCUGCUGGGACUCCUGGGCAGCCUGUUCUUCCUGGGCCAGGCCCUCACGGCCAUGCUGGUGUAUGUGUGGAGCCGCCGCAGCCCUCUGGUGAGGGUCAACUUCUUCGGCCUCCUCACCUUCCAGGCGCCGUUCCUGCCCUGGGCGCUCAUGGGCUUCUCGCUGCUGCUGGGCAACUCGAUCCUCGUGGACCUGCUGGGGAUUGCCGUGGGCCACACCUACUACUUCUUGGAGGAUGUCUUCCCCAAGCAGCCUGGAGGCAAGAGGCUGCUGCUGACCCCGGGCUUCCUCGGGAUCCCAGAGCAGCAAGGCCCAGCGGGCAGCAGCCUGACCAUCUGGACGCAGCAGAGCCAGGGCAGCCCAGGGAAGCGGCAGAGCCCACGGCUCCUUCCCGAGGCCGGGCAAAGGGAGCAGGGUCGGGCUGCUGCUGAAAGGCAGGCGGCCCAGCCCUGAGCCUCCCAGCCGCUCCUUUCGGUUCUCGCACUUGGAGGGCCCCAGGAAAUGCAAGGACUGGGCUCUGACUCAGGCCUUGCGGCGAGUUGGGUGCUGAGAGUGGAACCCUGUUAACCCCCACCUGGGGACCCAAGGCAGAGAAGGGCAAGAGGCCUAGCGUGUCGGCCCUGGUCACACACCACCCCCUGCCAAGCCCAGCCAGGCCCCGCUCCUGGCUCUCCUGUAAUUUUGAUGCUACCACUUUGAAGAAAUUGAACAUGACCUAUAGCCUUUUA